AUAAACGUCUUCUACCUGUCGUCAUUGAUUCACUGAUUCUCCCUACGUUAUUUUUCUCAAACAUAGCGUGUCUUCAAAAAGCUUAAAGCCAAUGAUAGGAAUUGUCGUCGUCUUUGAUUUUGGUACAGAUGGCUGGCGUGCUCCUAAAUUUGAUGGGGGAUGGAGUCUUCGAUUUGCUGUGGGUGUUUGUCUUGAUUCAUAACUUGGUUGCGAUCAGUCGGCUCAGAUGGCUGGCGUGAUCCUCAAUUUGGUGAGGGAUGGAGUCUUCGAUUUGCGCUUAAAGCCAAUGACAGGAACUGCCGUCGUCUUCGAUUUUGGUACAGAUGGCUGGCAUGCUCCUCAAUUUGUUAGGAGAUGGAGUCUUCGAUUUGCGCUUAAAGCCAAUGACAGGAACUGCCGUCGUCUUCGAUUUUGGUACAGAUGGCUGGCAUGCUCCUUAAUUUGUUAGGGGAUGGAGUCUUCGAUUUGCUGUGGGUGUUUGGCCUGAUUCAUAGCUUGGUUGCGAUCAGUCGGCUCAGUUUGAUGGUGGUCAAGGGAGCACUUAUAUCAGCUGCUAUGCCUGGAAACCAACCACAAGUUCAUAAUAUUAUAUCCACACUAGGAGAAGAAAAAUUACAUGUACUGUCUCGAGCCUUUCGGCCACGAAUCUGAAAAACUUCUCCUAAACGUACUCAGAAUGCAAUAUGGGAAAGUGAAUAUAUGUUCUAUACUGUUUGGACUUUGGAGUUCUAAAAGUAAGUAUUGACUUUCCUCCACCGAAAUUUGAAUUGAUUAUCGAACUUAUUUGUUAAUUCAACUUUAACAUGUAUACCAUGUUACCAUCAUAUUUUAAAGAUUAACACAAUUCUUGGUUCAGCGACAUGUCCAUGCCAACAAUAUUGCGAAAGGUAAAUACUCAAACCCACAAGUGUACUUUGUUUAUGUAAAAAAAAAAAAGGAUGAGGUUACUUAUAGGGUUUAUGCAGUUUGGAUGUCAAGCCUAUAGAUCUUUGAGAAGUUGAAAUCCACAAAAUCUUGAAUUGAGGCUGAGAAGGUAAUAUCUGAACAGGGAUAAUCUUUCGAAAAGUCAAUAAAAUAUACCCGAUGUAUAAAAAAAGGAUCUAUUUUGACAUGAAAUGGAGAUAACCAUAUAUCUUUGACUUAUAUUUAUGAGAUAAUAAAAUAUGGGAAAAAAACACCCAUUUCAUUUCAAUUUCAUGCAAUUGUGUUUUUCUUUCCUCUUUUCCUUAACUUCUUGCUUAUGAUUUUUUUUUGUUUUGUGGUCAAAGUUCUUGGAUCAUACUAUAAAGGUUUAUUGCUCUUCUUCUGUCAUUCAAACUAACAGUGCCAUAGUUUUGUACGAUCAGCCCCCUGAUUUUUUUCGUCCUACUUCACUUGAAGAAAAGCAUAAGGUAAAUCAAUAAUAUUGUCUCCUAUUUCUUAGCUCUGAUACUUGAAUGUGGACAAGAAUAGUAAAAUGAGGCUCAAUUUGUAACUGUUUUGCAUAUUAGAGAAACAGCUCAGUUAGCCUGCCUCAUGUUCAUGAUUGUGUUAGCGAUGGUAAUACUACUGAUUAAAUAGAUUUGUAGUUUCUUUUUGGUUACAAUUCAUUUUGAUCUUUCUGAUAGUAUGUUGUGCAUUCACUGCCCUUCUCCCGACCUCUUUCACCCAGAAGGAACCAUUGGAUUGGACAACCAUGUUUUUGAUGAAACUUUAUUUAUCACCCAAGUUGGUGCAGAUGUUCUAUUAAAGCCAAAUCGGCCAUCGGUUAUUGUUAGCAAUGUAAGUUGGUGAAUCUCAUCUAUUUAUUGAUUUGCUUUUCUUUAACAAUGAAUGCUUACAUAACUUUGACCGGCCAAUGCAAAUUUAAAUCUGUCUUUUCUACAAAGAGUUGACUUUCUUGAUGGUUGUUCAAUGCCAACUCCUUUCAACAGGAUAUUUUCCCUUCUUGGCCGGGUUGAGUUGUUCUUGAGUUUUGAACAAUAUUUCUCUCCUUUCUCAGCGAAGGCAGGAUCUAUUCUCUUUUCAUAUAUCAAAUUGUGGGGGAUCUAUGGAUGAAUGUGUAUGGCAUUGUGGUUUAACCCUGUGCUCAGUAUGAUGAGAUAGUCCCUGUUAAAAUACCUGAAGUUUGUUUAAUCCUAGGAUUUUUUUCUACAUCAUGCCCUAAAUAUCAGGUUGGGUCAUAUCUCAGAAAGUGCGGUCAUCAUUCAGCUUUUACGGCACCAAUAGAACUUAUAGAUAUUAAUUUAUCUGAUCACAAAUUGAAGGAGCGAUAGAAGGUGUUAGAGUAAGGGAUCUGGCACUCUGUCAGGUACGAUGUAUCAAUAGAAGAAUAUGGGACAAUUACUUUUGCUUGAAGAGGCGGUGGAACCCUAAUACCUUUAUCUGUAAGGUUUAAUGUGUGCAUUUUCUAUCAUUUACAACAUGUACAUUGGGUUUUGAUAAUAUUAAUUUCUUGAUGUAACUUUUAGACUAUUGUGACAGUAUGGUGUUCACCUUUGACAAUUUUUAAAUAUGAAAUACAGAUAGAGGCAUA